UCCAAGAUUAUCGCGUUUUUAUUCAAAACGAAAGAGAAAAAAAUAUCAUUUAACUAGAUCUCAUUCUCCUUCUAUUUUCCUCUUCCUUUUAUUAACUUUUAAAAACUAUCUGUGUCUACUUAAUACCGGUUCCAAGAGACACAAGCUAUAUAAAUUAUUCAAAAUAAUAGGAAAAGAAAUUUGAUCGAUGUAGCAGCAAAUCGAGCGAAACUAAUCUUCCAGAGUGUCCCAAUAAGGAAAAAUAUCCACGCCUUAUUAUUCCUCAUCCCCCUCGUCUUCAACUCGGAAAGGAAACGAUUAAAAUACGAGAGAUCUUUUUUUAAAAAAAAAAAACAUGGAAAACAAAAAGGGAAGAGUCCUCCUCCAUUCCCUCCUCUUACCAACGAAAACAUCCCACCACGUACCUAAAUUCAGAAAUAAACUUACCGGUAAUAUAGUCCAUCCGACGAUAGCUCGUCUCACGAACCACCCCCGAAAUCAAUAUGGAGGAUACCAUCGGAUAGCAACAUAUACCAAUAGUAACAUCAAAUCUCUAUCGACCCCUCCCCUCCCCACGGUGAAAUCCUCCCUCGUUCAAAACAAUUUCACCAUUUCGGGAACGGAUGCUCCUUCACCGUUCCAUUAUCCAUCGAUUCGAAAACCGGAAGCGGUUGUACGGAUCCUCCAUCUAUAUAUACUUUCAAGAGCAACGAUUUCCAACGAGACGAGGACUCCUCCUCUCUUCCUUCCCCCCCCCAAAGAGGGGAGGAAUAACUGCAUAAAUUAUUCAUUCCCUCCCUCCGUUGGAAAACGAGCGAAAGGUUCGGUUGGCUCGAUCAUUAGAUUGGUCGAACGCCAGGCCAAGAUCCUGAGCCGAGCAGCUCCAGAACAGUAUAAGGCAUCGAAAGAUGGUGGGAGAAAAGGGUGGUGGGUGGAUAAGGAUGGCAGUUAGUUACGUGAUCCCCGUGGCAAUGAUUUAACCGAAUUCUCGUUGACACGUGCAUCGCCAUACGUACACGUAGGGGAGGGGGGGUUGGAACAAGCCAAAUGGACCAUCGGGAGCAAAUAACUCGAUUUGCUCGGUCUACGCGUCUACUUGACUGGCUGGUGAGCGAGCAGGAGACGGAUCCGGUAGGGAGGAUCACCGUCCUGCGGAGGAUUGACUGCGAGAGGAAGAAAGGUACGAGAAAGAGAGAGAGAGAGAGAGAGAGAGAGAGAGGAGGGGGGAGGGUGCACACGCAGCCAGGAUGGAAGGAAGCAAGGGAGCAAAGGAAGUUAUCGAGGCGGUAGUGUCACCAUAGUCAUACAGAGGUGCCCAGUUGUCGAGCAAACUAGCGGAGCCAGUCAGCCAAACAGCUCGAGCCAAGCCAGCUCUCUGGCCGGCCAGCCAACCAGCCACCGGCACCCAGUAAGCGGAACCAGCACAGUUCUUGUUUUAUUCAGUCGGGAUCAUAAAUUACGAAUUUAAACACACAAUGAAAGACGCUUAACAAGAAGCUAACGCGAGAUUGAGAGGCCCCGCCCGGAACACCUCUUCUUCCAGAGAGGCGAACGGACGCCGGCCAAUCCGAAAGCAGAACCGCCCUUCGACGCACCACCCGACCCACCGUUUCCACGCCAAUCCACAACCGAGGCAGCCGGGGCAACGGGAUGGAAUCGACCUAUCGCCGCGCCGCUUGAACCCGAAACCCAAACCCGAACCUAACCCGAAUCCCCCUCCCUCCUCGACGACCAUGCCUCGAGAGGAGUUAAGUCGUCGCGGACACGGUGACUCCCCGAUGCACCCCAGUCGCGUACCACUUGGCGAGCCGAGUCCCUCGGCUGUCUCACCCUGCUUCUUGGUGUAACAGUGUCCACGGUGUUGUCCUCGGGCGAGAUUUUUUUUUUUUUCCCUUCUUCAUUGAAAGAGUGAUUAGGUAGGGUAUAUAUAUAUUCGGUGUAUUCGUCUUUUUUUGGGGGGGGAAGAAAUGGACCAAUUUUCCUUGAAGGGGAUGGGGUGUAAUUGGUAAAAGUUGUACGUCUAUACGGAAAGCAGCCGUCCAAUCCAAAUUUCGAGAGAAAUUUUUUCGAGGAGUUGUGAAAACUUUGAACUGGUGAACUUUGGAGGAUGAGAAUUGUCGAAUCGUUGCUGCGGUGGAAGAGAUUGGCCAGAGUUGUAUCGGACUUUGAGGAAGGGAGUCGGUGAUAGGAAAUUUGGAAUUGAAUUAUCUUGUAUAUCUCGUUGUGGUGGGAAGAGAUAUAUAGGAGGAAGGAAGGAAGAAAAGGUUACAGAGGGGAUAUUUAAGGAAGUUACGACGCUCGAGGAGAUCGAUAAGAUAGGAUGGAUCAGAAUCAACACGGUGGUCGAUAGAGUUACCAGUUCGAGUGAGUGAGAAUUAAACUUUGAGAGUUAUCUUUCCAUCGAAGGAAAGGUUUCGUUGUCGCCAAAAGAUCGUGGAAAGAAUUAUAAAACUUUGGCGAAACGUUUUACGUUUUACACUUGAUAAUUUAAUAACAAAUUAAAUCCAUCCAUAUAAAAUCUUGUAUUACCAAAAGAUCACUUAAACGGAAUUCGAAACAAGGAUGUACCAGAAGAAGCCAAGAAAGUGAUCGCCAGUGACAUAAUAAUAAUAUACAAUCAACAUCGAACGUUGUGAGUGAGCAUGUCGAGUGUGCAUCAGUGACCAAAGCGUGACCAAAACGAAAGUGAACAAAAUCCAUCCAUCCUUCUCAAAUCCCACGAGACGCACCCCUCCCCCAACCCGGUUUCAAUCCCGGUCGAAAUUUUCCGCUCAUUGCCGAACUAUGCGUGGUGCGAGAUGGUGUGUUCUCUGACCAACAACAACAACACCAACAACAACAAUAACAACAACAACAAUAACAGUGGUAAAAGCUGCAACGACACCGGUGGCGAGCCGUGCACGGACUUGCGAUCCAGCCCAGAGGCGCAGCCGGGCGAGAACAUGUCGUCGUUGAGCGACGCUCACAGGCGGAACAGCCACUUGGAAGGCGACAGAAGUUCGUCGGCAGGCUCCUCUCUGGGCUCGUGCUCGCCACCACCGGCCUCGAGCCACUCUCCACCGCCUCCCAGGCCGCCUUGGCUGCACGAUUUCCACGCGGCGGCCGCCCCCCACGUCCUCCAAUUCUUGAACCUGAGCGCUGCCGGGGGCAGCAUGCUGGCCAGCCAGCCUCUCGCGGCGUUGCACUCGAUGGCGGAGAGGAGCCACCAUCAGCAGCAUCAACAGCACCAACAGCACCAACACCAACAGCAGCAGCAACAGCAGCAGCAACAGGCCCACCACCAUCAUCAUCAUCAACAGCAGCAACAGACAGGGGGCAUACAGUUGCCGAGGAUCAGCGUCCCCUUGUCCACGAUCACGCAGGGGCAGGCGUCGCCAACGGGGAGCGGGAAGCACAGCCCGGCAACCUCCAUCACCUCCGUCGGGAGCAAUCCGCACGGCAUCGACACGAUAUUGUCGCGGCCGGCGGCCACCCAUCCUCAGGCACCCGUGUCGGCGACGCACGCCGCGCUUCAACCGACGCCGCAUCCGCAGCACAUGACGGCGCCUCGGUACGGGAUGCACGCGGGAUUCACCGCUUCGUCGGGUAUCGGGCAAUUUCAACAAAGAACGGAGCCACGGCAUCCUGCUGUCUAUUGGCCAGGUCUUCAGGGAUUAGUCAGUGAUCCCCUGGGAUGGCGAGCAAGACUGCACACACUGUCGCAACAGCUGGGCUGUCAGCAGACGAUGACAGGAUCCGGCGGAACCGGCGAGCACGAGGGCGGCAAGAAGAAGCACACGAGGCCGACGUUCAGCGGACAGCAAAUCUUCGCCCUCGAGAAAACGUUCGAGCAGACCAAGUACCUAGCGGGGCCGGAACGCGCUAAAUUGGCCUACGCCCUCGGCAUGUCGGAAUCGCAGGUCAAGGUAUGGUUCCAGAACAGGCGGACAAAAUGGCGGAAAAAGCACGCGGCCGAGAUGGCGACGGCGAAGAGGCGGCAAGAAGAGGUCGAAGGCGUCGUCGCGGAGGGUGAGGAUGGUUGCAGCGACGCGGAGGCCGAGGGAAACAGCGAAACCGCCGCGAAAAGGCUGAGAAGGGAGCUCGAGCAACAGUAUAGGCAUUAAAACAAAUGUGAGACGUCGAUUCGAGGAAAGGAAAUGAAUCGAAAGACUAGAUUCUCCGCUAGAUAGAUUCGUAAAAUGAAGGAGUGUGUGGCGAAAAGGAUUUUAAAAAAUUUACAGAUUUCCAGCCUGUUACGGUGCUUCGAUUGUUUUGUGGGUUGAAUCUUUUGAAGCACAAGAUGUUUCAUAAAUUUCCUUUUUCUAAUUCUGGAUUUUUCUUUUCUUUUUUUUUUUUUUUUUUUUAUUUGGAAAUUGGUCAAUCAAAUUAAAGAUUAUGAAAAUUUAUAAAGAAUUAAAAUAAGAUAUAGUGUCUGUCAAAAGUUAAAGUAAAUUGGAAAGUUAGAAUGAAUGAAAUUCAAAAUGAUUUUUCUUCUCUGUUUUAGUAAAUAUUUUUAUCGAAAAUGACACGAUGAAAAAGAUAUUUAUUUUCAAAAUUUUCAAAAUUUCUUAUAUCGUAAUAAGAUGUAGGAAUAUUCAACUGGAGGUGGAGAGUUACUAAACUUUUGGCAGUUACUUUAUUUCAGUUCGCAAGUAUCACAAAUCGGAACUCGUAAUAACAUUACUACCCUUAACUCGAAGGAUAAUUGUAGAAUUAAACGAAAGAUUCGGAGGGAAAGUGGUCCAAAUAACAAAAUCUUUAAUUUCGAAAGGACAAAGUUCCCGAAGUUGAAUAGAAAAAUUUAGAUGUUUCCAAAUGUUAAAAAAAGUUUGAAAUCACUGCAUGGAAUCAAAAGAAGAAAAAGUGGAUAGAAAUUUUAGCUUUGAAUAAAAAGCUUGGAAUUCUGUUAUCACAAAAAAUUCUUUAAUUAAAAAUCGACCGGAAAAGAUAUAAUCUAUUAUAAUUGACUUCAAACAUUUUCAAAUUUGAAAAUUCGUAACAAUUUUUAAUAAAUAUCCAUCUCCAGAUAAUUUAUACAGAUAAUAUUUUUAUUGUAUUUUUCUCGAAAUAUAUUUAUUAUCACUCUUUCAUUGCAUUAAGAAAAGGAAGAUAAGAUUUCUCAAGAAAACAAUUUCUUUUCUUCAUACAAUAUUUACAAUCGAAUCGUUUCAACGGGAAACAUUUAAUUAAUAGAAAAAAGAAAAAAAGAAAAAAAAUCUUUGUUUAAAAUCGAUGCCACAAAGACUGACGGGUUGAAGAAAAAAAUCAAGCAUCUCCUAUCCAAUAUCGUCGAAACGCUAUGAUUUGUGUCAAAGAGUAUGAAAAAUACGGAUAUUCGAAGCUUAAAAUAUAAUAUUGUGCCGUUAAAACGUGUUAACUUGUAGAUAGAAACGUUGGG